CGUGACCAAGGCGGUCCUGGUCGCGCUCUUCAUCUUCGCCAUCUUACUCAUCCUCUACGUGAUCCUGUGGUACAUAUGCAGGGACGUGGACUGCGACCAUGGCAUCUGAGCGCGUGCGGCGAGAUACGCGCCUAUUCGAGCGGACCGGUGGCCGAAGGGUGACCCUGUUUUGCCCAGACAGCAUGGAAGGGUUGCCAUAGUGACGGGAGGAGCCAGAGGAAUGGGCUUUGAAACUUCUCGACACCUGGCGAGUCUGGGCAUGCACGUGGUCAUCGCUGGAAAUGAGGAAGACGAGGGUCUGGCUGCGGUGAAGAAGAUUCAGGAGGAAACAGAUCAGGGGAAAGUGGAGUUCAUGUACCUGGACUUGGCCUCCUUGAAGUCUGUGCGACAGUUUGUCCAGAGGUUUAAAUCCAAGGGUCUGCCUCUGCACGUUCUCAUCAAUAAUGCGGGUGUUAUGCUAGUCCCGGAGAGGAAGACGGAGGACGGUUUUGAACUGCACUUUGGACUGAAUUAUCUGGGCCAUUUCUUGUUAACCAACCUGCUGCUGGACACGUUGAGGAAGUCAGGCAAGAGCGGGCAGUGCUCGCGCAUCGUCACUGUCUCUUCAGCCACACAUUAUGGAGGACGCCUCGAUCUGAACGACCUGCAGGGCAGGUCUUGUUACUGUGCCCAUGGGGCGUACUCUCAGAGUAAGCUGGCGCUGGUGCUCUUCACCUACCACCUGCAGGACCGGCUGUGGGCUCGAGGAGAUCCAGUAACAGCCAACGCUGUGGAUCCUGGCAUGGUGGACACGGCCCUGUAUGAAAACCUGUGCAGCCCUGCCCAGCUGGCCAAGAGACCUGUGGCCAAACUGCUCUUCAGGACGCCGGCCGAAGGAGCCUCCACAGCCAUUUACGCUGCAGCUGCCUCCGAGCUGGAGGGGGCUGGGGGGCUCUAUCUGUACAACGGCCGCAAGACCGAGUCCUCAGUGACCUCCUACGACGAGCAGCUGCAGGGCCGGCUGUGGAUGCAGAGCUGCGCUCUGGUGGGGCUUCAAAAGGCCUGAGGAACUGGAAGAACCCGGAGAGCUUCGGAUCAACAUAGCAAAGCCUGAAUUCCU